UUUCUCUCUUUGUCUCUCUAAAAAUCUAGGCAGAAAAUCAUACUCCCCACAGAUCAAACCUCUCUCAUCACGGGUAAGUCUCUUUUGGAUCAAACCCAGUUUCCCACAUUUUCUCUCUUUCAACUUUCUCGGAAAAUAUCACCAGAAAAUUGUCAUUAUCAUUACCAAGACAAAAUGUCAGCUUUUUUCUUAGACACAAAUGAUAAAGCUCUGAAAAGACAAACUAUCAGUUCAUUAUCCGCAAAAUGCACCAUGGAAUCUCUCUCUUUGGAGGCUUAUUAUUCUAAUAAUUUCUUUACCUCGCCAUGAAAGCCUACAUUACAGCUGUAUAUGGAACAUUUUCGUAUUGUAUUUAUGUGUGUGUAUGAAGCCUAGGUCUGGCGAAAAGGUGAUUACAGGUUUUAAUGUUUUUGAAGUUUGAAUUACGAGGGAAAAUGGCGGGUUUAAGGAUGAUUUUGAUCGGGUAGUGUUUGAGGGCUUGAGUAAACCAUGGCUGGUGGUACGAGUGAGAUUUGGGGGUCAAAAGCUGGAAUGUGUCUUGAGAGCUCUGAUCCUUCUGUGUGUUUUGUUGAGAAGCUUUGAGGGCUUUUGGGGCUUAGAGAUUUAGAACCUGUCCAAGACCCAGAAGUUUUUUGAAUUUUAAUUUGUUCAGUUUUGAGGUUCAAUUGCUGAAAUAACGGCCGGGGUUUAUAAGAGAGUGGUGGGUUUUGGAUGAUUGUGAUGGUUUAGUAAGUUAUUUAAGCAGGUUAAUUUGAUAACAGAUGAGUUUGAGGAUGAUUCUGAGUGUUCACUUUGAGCAUUUGGAAAAACCACAAGGUUGAUAGAAGUUUCGCAUUUUUGGAGCAGAGUUAGAGGGCUUUCUAUUGAUGUCAGGGGCUUCGAGAGUAAGGUCUAUGGUUGUGGCUGAUUCUGAGACCAGGCCAGUCCUUGGAGCUGCCGGGAACAAGGCACAAAAGUGGUCAAGCUCGAGAAAAUCCGUAACAAAGGCAUUGAGAAAGGUUGAGAUUUCUCUAGAGGAAAUUGGGGUGGAGGAAGAGGAGAAAUCACCUCCUUCUUCUACCAUUGUUCACACAAUGCCACCUACAUUGCAGUCCAUGAGUGUUCCUUCUAUACUUCGCCGGCAGGAGUCUUUAUUGCACUCCAAUCUGUCACUUAGUGCUUCUUGUUCUUCUGAUGCAUCAACAGAAUCAUUUCAUAGUCGGGCUUCGACUGGUAGGAUAUAUAGAACAAGUAGUAUGGCUAGUCGGAGAAGGCAAUUGGCCUCAAAGACAAAAGUAGUUGUUCCUGGUGGUGUAUCGGAAUCUUCACCUGAGGUUUUGCAAACCAAGAAAAGGUGUGCCUGGGUGACUCCGAAUACUGACCCAUCUUAUGCAACUUUCCACGAUGAAGAAUGGGGAGUCCCUGUACAUGAUGACAAGAAAUUGUUUGAGCUUCUUGUCCUUUCCGGGGCGUUAGCUGAACUUACAUGGCCUGCCAUUCUCAGCAGAAGACAUAUCUUUAGGGAAGUGUUUGCAGAUUUUGAUCCCAUCACUGUUGCAAAGUUGAAUGAGAAGAAAAUAGUGGCAGCUGGAAGCACUGCAAGCUCACUGUUUUCAGAGCUUAAACUGCGCGCCGUUAUUGAAAAUGCUCGUCAAAUAACCAAGGUCAUGGAUGAAUUUGGGUCAUUUGACAAAUAUAUCUGGAGCUUUGUUAACUACAAGCCGAUCGUUAGUAAAUUCCGUUAUCCACGCCAGGUCCCUGUGAAGACCCCUAAAGCAGAUGUGAUAAGCAAAGACCUAGUGAGAAAGGGUUUCCGGAGUGUGGGGCCUACUGUCAUCUAUACAUUUAUGCAGGUAGCAGGCAUGACAAAUGAUCAUCUCAUUAACUGCUUCCGAUUUCACGAGUGUUUAGUUGCCGCAGAAGGGAUGGAAGAAGAUGAUAUCAAGGAUAAAGAUGUUGAGAAAAAUGCCGAUGAAGUAAUGGAAUCAGAAAUACACAGAGGUAUUGAUGAAUUGAGGUUCUCCUCGGAAUGACAGAUUAAUUUUCUUUGUGGCAGAUGGUGCUCAUGUUCAGUCAAAGAUUAACCUACAUUACGGUAGUUGGUUACACUUACAUUGGGUAGCUGCAGAGUUGGUUGUGUAUAAUACUUUUAUGAAUUUCUAUGCAUCAUAGUUUCUUAGAUUGUAGAUUACUAAGAGAGAAUUUGAUUUUCUGGUGAUCAUGUUGACCAAGGGCUAUAUUGAGAGCAGUCUAUGUUGAUGUACAAGUUUUUGUACAGUGGAAAAAGUUGGUAAUUAGAAUCCCAUUUUCCAAAACAGGGGAACAGAAGAGAAGGCAUCUGUUAUUGUUGUAACUAUAAAGACCAUACAGCUCCAAGUAGGGACUGGCUUGUAACUUUCAAC